AUGCAGUCUUCUUGCCUCGUCGGACUCUCUCGAAACAUCGCCCAACUAGGCCUCGGCGGCUUCAGACAUACUCUUGCUCGCGAUGUCAGCAAAUUGAGUGGACCUAGCCAUCCCAGGGUCUCUCCAAACCCGCUGUCCAAGCCGAGUCAAGCAUCGCCAGGCUUCCAGUCUCCGGAUGCGCCUCCGCCGCCACAGUCCAGCGUCAGCUACUACGAGCUCACGUUCGGGACGGUCGCAGGUAUAUGCACGGGAGUCUUCGUCAAGAAAGGUGCCAAGGCUGUAGCAUUCAUGCUGGGCGGCGUCUUCUACCUGGGAUCUCUCAGCCUGUUGCGCGUCGACUGGCCGCACAUGGCAUCUCGCUUCGAGAACCUGUUCUAUACGACGGAUGCAGCCGGGCGGAAGAGAGCACCUAACGCCGGCUCGCUCUUCAGGUGGAUCACGGACUUCCUGACCGCCGACUUCCAACAGAGGGCGUCUUUCGUUGCGGGCUUCGUGCUGGGCAUCAGGAUUGGUUAA